AUGAUAAUAUUUUAAUGAUAUUAUAAAUAUUAAUAUUAAUUGUAAUAUUAUUAUAAUAAUAUUAUUUGUCAGUCGUCCCGUUAGCACAAGAAACAGUUUAAAGAGAAGCAAAACCCUGCGAGGGUGUGGUAGGAUACGUCCAAAUAUCAAAAUUCGUCUCUUCCACAAAUUCCGAUCGUUUCGGUACAAGCGGGAAAUAGGUACCACCUCGGAAGGUAUUACCUUUUUUCUGAAAUAAUUUCACCAAGAUGAACCGUUCUAUUUGAAUUCUUCACGGAAUUACCGGAUUUUCCAUACAAAUGGCAAGCGCUCACAAUAUCAUAGUAUUCGCCAUGUCAAAGCCUUGCGACAUAUCUGGUUACACGUAUAGUAUACCUUUUUGGUAAACAAGUUUCCAGGUUGAGCACAAGAAAUAAAGAAUUGAAAGAAGAGGUAGGACAAGAAAUGUCAGACAUUAACGUUGCAUAAUAAUCCAGCCAAAAACCACUUACUUCAUUUUAUCUUCAAGAUCAAAAAAGUGAUGGCUUCAUUCGUUUACGUGGAAACGGCAAACGCACAGUAAUUUUCAAGGAGUUAUAAUAACUCCUCUAGUGGGGUUAAUUUAACUCCUUAAAGUGGAAUUAUUUUUUGGGGAGUUAUUUUCACUCCAAAAAGGAGUUUAAAGAACUCAUUUUCAGGAGUAAAAAUGACCCCAGAUAUUGAGGAGUUAAAAUAACUCCAAAAAAGGAGUUAUCCUGUACCUAAAAUAUUUACUCCACUUUCAGAGUUAAAGUAAAUCCAAAAAGAGUAAAAACAACCCUUGUAAGGAGUAAAAGUUAUUUUAACUCCAGACUGGGAGCAAAAAGAACUCUUUUUCAGGAGUAAAAAUUACCCCAAAUUUGGAGUUAAAUUAGGAGUUAAAGUAACCCCAAAACGGGGGUUAUCCUGUACCUAAAAUUUUUCCUCCUUGUUUGGAGUUAUUAAUAAUAACUCCCUAAAUGUAUGUGUGCGCACAUAUAAUGGUCUUACUUUAAGCCAAGAGCUUAUUAUUGGCCAAAAGAUUUUAACUUUUAUUUAUUGUUGAUGUCUUUUUUUGUAUAUGCAGAACCAGAAAUUGCGCGCUAGACAGGAAUGUGAACGCAAACAGGAGGCUGGCCAGGUAAGCAUUAAUGACCAUUCACUAAGCUGAGAGUUUAACAAAAGGUAUCUUGCAUUAAAACAGUCAUCUUUCUUUCGUUUCUUGUCGAGAAGGUUUUCGGAAUGGGCACUAAAUCUGAAGAAUUAGAAGAACAGCUUUCAAGUGCUAUGCAAAAGUGCCAAGAGAAAGACGAUGAGGUAGGUCAGCAAUGUUUGCCACACUUUCUAAUUAUAUAAGAAAUAAUUUCAACAGUUGUGAUUCUCAUAAUCGAGUUUAGAACAAGGUACUUAACUCAUUCCCUUACAAGCCUCAAAACACAUAAUUUGUAUCUUAACCUAGAACUGGCAAAUUGGUUUAAAUUUACGUCUUGACGUCCGCAGCAAACUUUUUUAGUUCAGUUCAUAAACCUGCAACAUCAGAAACGCUUUUUUUUCAUCAUCAGGUCACCACGUGGUAAAGAAAAGAUUUACGCCGAGUCAACUAUUAUGCAUGGGCAUAACGUUUAUUAGAUAUUACUUAGAAAUCCUAAGGAAUUCAGAAUUCUUAGGCACUCACGUUUAUUCUGCGGCUUGGUUUGUAGAUCUCGAGAUUGAGCAAGACAAUUGAUGAUCUAAAAAGGGAACAUUCCUUUGCCAAGCCUAACUCAAAUGAUACCAGGCAAGAGGUGAGUCAACAUUUUCUACGCGCACAAGUUAUUGUAAAUUAUCGUAAUCAACUUUUAAAACGUCUUCUGGUUUGGCGACUCAUAUACUGCUGUCAUCAAGAAACAAAAUAGGCUACAAAAAGGAACAAUUCAAACCCCCAGUUCGAAAACGAAAAAAUGAGAUAAGAAAACUGAAGCAAGAUAAGCCCUCACAAUCGUUUCUGUUGAUGAGUCAAUGAAAAAAACAGUCCGUGUGGUGGCAAUUAACACUUGUCUAGUUAACGUAAAAAAACUACUUGUUUUAAAAUUUCGGUAGUUGGGACGGUCAGAGUAUGAUGAUCUCAAUCAGUCAAGACCAGCCAAAUGUUUACUUGUAUUUUGUGAGAUACAAAAAGCCAUUUCGAGAUCGUAAUACUUUUGCCCCGUGUUCAGUCGAUCCAUAUUCUUGUUCUGAAUCCUAUGUCAAACUCUUUUUAACUACAUCAUCCUUUAAAUAAAAUUACUAUGGUUGUUGUUGCUGGUCACGUGCUUCACGUUUUUAAAAGAAGGUGAAAGUUCGUUCGCUUCAGUGACAUUAAACAUAAGCAUAAUAUUUCCCUCUACAAUCGAAUUUUAAUCGAAUUUGUUUAUCCAAACAAUGUAAAUCCGCCAAUUUCCUUCAUUUUCAAUUUCUGGUCACGUGACAUGUCACGUGACCAUAAUUAAACGUUAAGGCACUAGAAAAGCUCAAGAUUACUUUUGAGGAAAAAUUCAUUUUGUUCUAGGUCUCCUAGCGAGAGAUAUUGCUAAUCAUUCAUAUGCUCCGAACACACCUUUGACCCAGGCCUUAAACCCCUUGAGUAAGAACAUCAUGUGCACGCUCAGCCGUUGCACGCAACAUCCAGCAGGCUUGACACAUCAAGAUUGCGUACACUUCCCAUAAACGCUCUUAGGCUAGUCUUACUGCGUAUGUCUUGGCUAAUUUUGCCCCAAAGAUAAUCGGCAGCAGUAAAUAGAGGAAAUAAAAUCUCAGAUAAUAUCAGUGAUAGAACAUAUAAGCAAGGUCAGAUUUGGUUGGUUAAAAGAUAGGACUUCUAUUCUUUCUUAAACUUAUGAUAUAGCAGACAUUUAAAAAAGUCUAUAUUCAUAUCACGAAGGAUAUACAAUUGGUACUUGUUUGGGUUAAAUAGCUUCAUUGUUUCAUCACGUUUCCCAUUAAAUUCAUCAAUAUUCGCACCUGGAUGUUAGGAGAUACAGCCAACCAAGAUGGGUCUUUUGUUUUUGGCAGUAGCUAUUUCAACCCAAACAGAUUCUACAAGGGGCAGAUCCAAAGUUACAUCUGACCUUGGAAACGAUGUUAAAGCUUUACUGACAUAAAGAGCAACCCCUCCCGCCGGGGUGGGAGAAUCAUCAGUAUGAAUUAACUCGGAUUUAAGUGGUUAUGAUAGCUUCAAUCCACUUUCAUGCUCACAAUUCGCCAUGCUGCCGUCAGUCUUCUAUAUGCAAGUCAAACCCUUUCGAGUUUUCUUGCAUCGGAUGCGCAACCAAAGCGCCAAACUUAAAUUAGGUAAAAUUGCUGAUUUGUAAAGUUGCAGCUUAGCUUAGUUGAUUUGUAUAGUUGGAGCUUACCUUAGUUUUCGCAUUGUUAAGAUUUAUUUUAAUUAUUACAAAACACGCUUAGUAUUGCAUUCUUCGAUUAAUUUUAAGGGGGACGAUUUCUCUUCGGAUACCGACCAAGCAGAAAGAGAACAUCGCAUUGGUGGUCAAUUAAAAGAUAUCAAGGAGCAACUUAACACAUACGUUACAUCUCCUUUGCAAGCGCCGGUAGUAAAACAAGAUCAACUACGAUUAGCCGUCAGACUUGACCUUUUGAUUAGGCUUAGCGAGAACCUGCAAGAGUUAUACACUGAGAUACAAGGCAUGAUUUCGGAAGCUGCUAAAUGUAGCGAAGACUUAAGAAGAGACUAUUAUGACCUUGCCUAUCACGGGCUGAGGGCGGAACACUUUGACUUGGUCCACAAAGUUGAAGAUUUGGGAUCUGCACAAGAGAAGAUGUCUGAAGAAGAAAGAAAAGAAUAUGACAGACUGCAGUCAUAUCAGAAAGACAGACAAAGGCAGGUCGAGGCAUUGGAUAAAGUGUGGAGACGUCUUUUUUCUCCGGUAUGUGAACAGAGCAGCAGAACAAGUUCUAGUUUUCAGUGAGAUUUAAGCUUCUCGAUUUUCCGAAGCAUAAAAGAUAGGCAAAACAAGAUAAGCAGUAUCAUUUCAUAGUGAAAGCUUAGUACAGGUCCUAAAGAACGAAAGGCUUCUAUCUUAUCGAUUCGCGCUUGCAUUACCCUGCGAACAGAGGCCCUUCGAUCGUCCGUGAUAAAACCUUUCUAAGAAGAUAGAAAGGGUUCUACUCGCGGGGUUGGCUUGCUAUCAUUCAUCAAAACACACCCUUAUCAGCUGGAGCCAGUUGCAUAUUAAACUUAGUGGGCGGUAACAAAUAAUCUUCGACAGUCAGCUCACAGACCAGUUGGUAGCUAGCUGUCUUUAAGCGCAAGACUCUAUGGUCACAAUGCAAAUAAAGCCUCUUGUCAGUUCGGCUUUUGUUUCAAUUGCAGGUCGAUCGCCUUCCUAAAGCAGGAGCAUCUGAUCCUACUAGCAGCAAGUCAAGGGGGUGUAAAAAGGUAAAUGUAUGUAUAACCAAGAUAUGAUCUCCAAACGCUAUAUAUACACAAUCAGCCUUAUAUAUGAUAGCCAUCACAAAGUGUCCUCAUGAAUAAUAGUUUUCCAAUUGAAGACACAAUGGUCAUUCUGUCAAAAUAUUAAGCAACAAUAUGAAAGGGGAAAACAACACAGUCAAAUACUGAGUGCUUGUAUUUGCAGUAGUUAUUCAUGUCCGCCAUCACUUCAUUGAAGCUGCAUGUUCCCGCUUUUCUGGAACUAUUAAGGUUGUAAAGUCGCUUGUGGGUGAGUUCGAUUGGGAAAUCUGGAUUUAGAUUUUGAAAUCCGGAUUUCGGAUUUUCCCUCGAACGCGAAAUCCGAAAAUGGAUUUCACCUCCUAGAGAUCCUCAAGGUGGUUUUCAGUUACAAAAUCCAAAUCCGGAUUUCAUGGAUUUCCUUCUUUUACCGUUCGAUCGGGAAAUCAGAAAAAUUAAAGGGAUUUGCAAAUUAAUUAACUGUCAGUUGUGAACAGUGGUCUUUUUUCUUCUAAUUAUGCGUGCGUGUGCGAGACUGCUGAUCUAGUUGGGAAAAGCUUUUCAAGUCCUUUUUGGAUUUCCAAAAAAAGGGAAAGAAAGAAAAUCCAAGAACAGAUUUCUCAGCUCUGAAAUCCGUUCAAGGCCUUCUUGUUCGAUUGAAAAUCCGAAAUCCGGAUUUUAAGAUCCAAAGCCAGAUUUCUCAAUCGAAUGCACUCUGAGCUAAAAGACAAAGAAGAAGAAAGGUUUUUUUUUUUGGCAAUUUUUCUUCUGAAGGUCUUGCGACUCACGGAUCCAAGUUACUUACUCAAGAAGCUAAAAUUACGUGAAGAAACCAAUACAGGUGCUGAAGCAACCAGUAAUGAUGAAAAACCAGAGGAGGUCUCAAGUGUAAGUGCUUGUGAAUUUCAUUUCUCUUUAAAAUUCCUCCUGAUUAGCGAAAGUUCUAGUUUUCUCUUUUAUUAUUAUUAUUUAUUUCUUGGAUGAGGGCUAGACUAAAAUUCGGCUAAAGAAUUAAUACGUAGUCCCUCAGGAAGUUGAGUAUUUUUCAUUUUCAGUGGUCAAUAGCCUUGUACCAGAAUACUUCAAGCCACAUCGCAUUCUUUUUCACACUUUUCAAGGGCUAGAAAUGUGAUAAGUUAUAUGAAAUAAUUCCAAAGAAAAGGUUCUUAUAGGAGCCAGAGAAAGCAAACGUCAAAUUUCACAGGAAUUAAGAAAACACGGUAAAAUCAUUUUGCGUAAGAUUCCAUUUUGUGCAAUUUGAAGCUAAAAAAAAUGGUGGGCGAAGUGAAUCAUUUUUUCCCGUAAACAACACAUUAUGGGAAUUAAAUAAAUAUAUUCUCAGUUCAUGAAAUUAACUUUAUUUUUAUUUUGCAGCCCAUGCGCAAAAAAAGAUUCUCAGUUGGAAACGCCCUUCAGUCCAUUCAGUCCAGAAAGAAAGAGGAUGGUGAAAAACAGAGCUCUAGUGUCCCUUACAUGUUAAUGAGGAAUGCUUAAUUCAGUUCAUGAGGGUCCCAGUGGAGUAGCUACAAGUCGACCUCACGAUUUUCUUAGCUAGCGGAGUGAGCUCUUCAGGCCGCAAAGCGGCCAAGCUGCGGCUAAGCAAGCGACGAAGUCGUGAGAGGUCGUCCGCGCCAUAUUAAAUCGGAUGAAGGACUUUUUUGGAGGUCUAUCAAUGGGGUGGUAACUUUGACGGUUGAAGGUUAAAUUUUAGAGCUUUUGACGGUAGACAGCUAUUAAGUGGAAAUUUAGUCCAAGAGUUAAGCUAAUAUUACCUUUUGGUAAGUUAAUUAUAAUUAAAUGUUGUGUUUUGGAGGUUGUCUUUGCCUUACCUUGCCUUGGGAUAUAAACAUGUUCUGAGGUCAUGUUUCGUCUAGAGAGGGUGUUUUUGAGAACAUGGGAACUGGUUUUCCAGUUUGGUGAUUCUUAAGCAGCCAGAAGUCCGUGUGAAGAUCAGCCUGCUGAUAUAGACAGAUUUGAAAUACUUUGAAACUUUUAGUCUGCAUUUUUGACAGUUAACCUUUUGACAGCUCACUGUUAACCCCAUUGAGACCCUUAGUUAAACAUUUAUAGCUACAAUUGUAGACAUCUGCUGCGAAAUUGGUAGGCAGAAUAAUUUGACGAUUUAUUCACUUUUAUCCUGUUCCAGGCGUUCGGAUAGUGGAGUGCGGCGCGAAGGAAGAGAGCAAGAAAAAAAUAAGGAGGAAAAGAGGAAGAGGGAAAGUUCCCGCGCUCUCACCCCUAUCUCACCCCGUCCU